UCUCUCUCUCUCUGGCUUGAGCAUAAGCAUACACACUUCACUUAAAGUGAAGCUAAAAAGGAAAGUUUAUUUCUUUGUGUUUUCUGGCUAAAAAGCAAAGCGGUGAAAAAUGUUUUGAAUUUGUUUCUAUUUGUUUCUGUUCUUUUUCUCUCUGUUUUUGUUUUUCUUUGUUGCCUUUUGGAGCCAGUUAAUUAGACAGAUAGAUAGAGAUACAGAGAGAGAAAGGGAUCAGAGAAAGAUUGUUGCUUUUGGAUUUGAUUUUUUCAGAAGGUAAUUUGGUGGAAGAUAAUAAUGAUGGGUUUAUUCUAGAGAUUUUAUAAAGUUAGGGUUUUGUUGGGUUUUCUUUCUCUUUUUUUUUUAAUGGUGAGCUGGGUUUUGGUAUGUUGUUGUUUGGAUCUGAGGAGAUUGAGAGGUUAGAAUUUUAAGGAAGAGUGUGCGUGUGGUUGAUAGUGUAAGUGUAAUGGAGAGGAAAGUUGGAGCCUUGGUUUUUGUGUGGCUGAUCUUGUUGCUGAAUCCACUAUGGUUAGUUUUGUGUAAUAUGGAAGGUGAUGCGUUGCACAGCCUGAGAAGCAACCUGGUUGAUCCUAACAAUGUCCUGCAAAGUUGGGAUCCUACCCUUGUCAACCCUUGCACAUGGUUUCACGUUACUUGCAACAAUGAUAAUAGUGUUAUAAGAGUUGAUCUUGGAAAUGCUGCUUUAUCUGGUCAGCUAGUUCCACAACUUGGCCUGCUUAAAAACUUGCAAUACUUGGAGCUCUAUAGUAAUAACAUAAGUGGACCAAUUCCUAAUGAACUUGGGAAUUUGACUAGCUUGGUGAGCUUGGAUCUUUAUUUAAACAGCUUUUCUGGUCCCAUCCCGGAAAGUUUGGGCAAACUGUCAAAACUGCGGUUCCUCCGGCUUAACAACAACAGCUUGGUGGGUCCCAUUCCUAUGUCAUUGACUAAUAUUUCAUCACUUCAAGUGUUGGACCUCUCAAACAAUCUUCUUUCAGGCGUUGUUCCAGAUAAUGGUUCCUUCUCAAUGUUCACUCCCAUUAGUUUUGCUAACAACUUGGACUUGUGUGGACCAGUAACUGCGCAUCCUUGCCCAGGCUCUCCUCCUUUUUCGCCUCCUCCUCCAUUUGUUCCACCACCCCCAAUUUCCACACCAGGAGGGAAUAGUGCAACUGGAGCAAUAGCUGGAGGAGUAGCUGCUGGUGCAGCCUUACUGUUUGCUGCACCUGCAAUAGCAUUUGCUUGGUGGCGUCGUAGGAAACCUCAAGAAUUCUUCUUUGAUGUACCUGCUGAAGAGGAUCCUGAAGUUCACCUAGGACAGCUUAAAAGGUUUUCACUGCGAGAAUUACAAGUUGCAACAGAUAGCUUCAGCAACAAAAACAUUCUUGGUAGAGGAGGAUUUGGUAAAGUUUACAAAGGACGUCUAGCGGAUGGCUCAUUGGUAGCUGUCAAAAGACUGAAAGAAGAGCGCACACCUGGAGGGGAGCUGCAGUUUCAAACAGAAGUAGAGAUGAUAAGCAUGGCUGUCCACAGGAAUCUCCUUAGAUUACGUGGGUUUUGCAUGACACCAACUGAACGAUUGCUUGUUUAUCCCUACAUGGCAAAUGGAAGUGUUGCAUCCUGUUUACGAGAACGCCCACCGUCUCAACCUCCUCUUGAUUGGCCAACACGGAAGCGAAUUGCGCUAGGAUCUGCUAGGGGUCUGUCUUAUUUGCAUGAUCAUUGUGACCCAAAAAUUAUUCAUCGUGAUGUUAAAGCUGCAAACAUUUUGCUGGAUGAGGAAUUUGAGGCUGUUGUUGGGGACUUUGGGUUGGCUAAGUUGAUGGACUACAAGGAUACUCAUGUAACUACUGCUGUCCGUGGAACAAUAGGGCAUAUAGCUCCGGAGUAUCUUUCUACUGGAAAAUCAUCUGAAAAAACAGAUGUUUUUGGGUAUGGGAUCAUGCUUCUGGAGCUAAUUACCGGACAGAGGGCUUUUGACCUUGCUCGGCUUGCAAAUGAUGAUGAUGUCAUGUUGCUUGAUUGGGUAAAAGGACUUCUGAAAGAGAGAAAGCUAGAAAUGCUGGUAGAUCCUGAUCUUCAGAACAAAUAUGUAGAAUCUGAGGUAGAGCAGCUAAUACAGGUUGCAUUACUCUGUACACAAGGCUCUCCAAUGGACCGGCCUAAAAUGUCAGAAGUGGUUAGAAUGCUCGAAGGGGAUGGGUUAGCGGAGAGAUGGGAUGAGUGGCAAAAGGUAGAAGUUCUCCGGCAAGAGGUGGAGCUAGCUCCUCAUCCUAAUUCUGACUGGAUUGUUGACUCAACAGAAAAUCUGCAUGCGGUAGAGUUAUCUGGUCCAAGGUGACCCUGGCACAGCUACAAGUAAAGAGGAAAUUCAUAUACUCACUGUUUUUUUUAUUUAUUUUUUAUUUAUUUUUUAAUUGUAAUUUUCUCUUUUAUUUUAUUUUUUGGCCUUCCUGAUUUGAUGAACAUGUCAUCCUGAUUUAAGUCUCCUGUAAGUUUAUUAUGUAUUGUAUUCAUUACAUUUGUGCAUACGAGGCAGCAGCAUUAGUGACGUGCAAUUUGUCUGCUGCCACUGGAUUUAUUAUUAUUAUUAUUAUUAUUAUUUUUUGUAUGCAUGCUGCCUCAGUUUAAUGGCCUACUGCAAA